AUGGCAGAGCUCCAGCAAUCCUCCGAGUACUCUGCAACUUCAAUCCCCCCACUAGCAGAACUCAGAAACCUCAUUUCCACUCUGGAGCAACGGACUGCGAAUCUUGAAGAUGCCACCGAACGUCACCCCGAGGACACAGACGAACUCAUCGAAAUGGCCAUGGACAGUAAGGGCACACCUGAGAGCAUCAAUGGCCUAUACUUGAUGGGGCUCAACACACUCACCGAAGCGAAUGAACUUCUCCAGAACUCCGUCGUUGCUGCCAAAGACAGGCUGGGGGACGAGGCAGGGAGGAUUUUGCGUGGGGCUCUUGAGAAGUACAGCACAGCAGAGACAAGGGACGCGCUCAUGGAAGCUGCGAAUGUAACCCGCGCUGCGAAUUUUGCCCUCAACGAUGCGACACAGGCCUUCGAUGAUGCAAACGCUACGGUGAGGAGGUGUAGGGACUGCCGACACGAAAAAUUCCCACAAUUCGGAUCCCAUUCCACCUUUGAUUGUAUUAACGCAUGUCUGCAACCCAGUGUUUUUUCACGGCUGGCUCCAGGUACUGUAUUUUGGCACACUCCUGUUCUCUGCACGCUCACGAUUUUGCUUACCGUUCUCGUCCAGAAGAAGAGCUAUCCCAUUUUCGGAAGACUAGACCAGCCCAAAUGGAGUUAUUUUCCAGCUCGCAGGCGGACGAACGGACUCAAUAUAUUGCACCAACCAGGACUACACCAGGCUAGGCAGAUGCAGACUAUACUGCCCCGGAAACGCCCUCUCCUUGUGAUGCUUUACCUUUUACUCACCAGCAUCAAUUUUUGCUUCACUGAUGACGUCUCAGCCUUUCCUCCUUCGAAACAAGUAAAGGAAUUCGGUUUCUUCGCUUUCCGCCGGUACGACUUGGGUCGCUCCGUUGAAUGCAAGAGGGUCCAAAGGCCUAGGGAACUACGUAGUAUGCUCGAGAUACUCUGGAUGGGUCUAGCCUGGCCUGUCUGGGCCUUGGCCUUGAUCGUUGUCCUUCCGGUGCCGACAAUUUCUGCAUUGCUUUGGGCUGCCUGGUGGGUGUGGGUUAGGGCUUACCAUUUCAUUAUGGAUCCGAUCUCGUACACCUAUUACAAAGUAAAGCAUUUCUGGGCCUGGAGCGAAGAAAUGAAGUACCAGUACGAAGACGGAGUUAUGUGCAACCAGAUGAGCAGAGUGGCUCUGAGCAUUAUCACACAUCGAGAUAAGAUGAGAGGAGGAACAUUUGAAGCCGAGCCUGUUGUGAGUUUCGCCACUCGAACACACUCACUAGUCGCAAGGUACAUCUGCGAACUUGACGUGCUAGGCACGAUGAAACCCCAUCUCACACCCCUGGAUCAAUGCCAUCAGCAAACUCUUGUACGCGGCUAUCACCAAGGAUCGACCAAAUUUAGCUAUAUGGAAUAUCCAAAAAUCUUUCAGACGCUAGGAGGAACAGUUCGGGACGUCGACAAGUGCGGUUCCCAACAGCUAAGUUGUACCAAGAAUCGCCAACCGUUGAGGUAUGAUGGCAUGAGCCAAUGGGAGUCUUUUGGAGCUUCCUUGUUGGCCUCAUUCCCCCUCCCCUUUUCAAAGCGACUUGUUCUUUCGUUCAGGCACCACUACACGGAAUCCAUCAUGAAGGUCGUCAAUAUGGCCUUUAAAUCCAUUAUAGCCGUAUCCACAGCCAUUAUAAGCCCUCAAACGCCUUCUAGUACGACCGACAUCAGCCCUCGAGAGAUUAUCACCAAGCUCGAUACUCCCGCCAAUACUCCCGCCUUAACACCCGCCAUACUUCCAGCCGUAGCUCCUACCGUAAUUCCUACUGUAACCCCAUCCGUAGCCCCCGCCAACAACACUAUCGGACUUGCCUUGGAAACAGCCGCAAAUUCCCCAUAUUUAGCACCGACGAACGUAAUCCAGAACAUAGUCUCGUUGUGCGUGGACCAGAAGAUGCACUGCGCGGAAAAUAUCACCAAGGCGGCUUUGAACACUAGUCUCGCCACAAAUGUGUGCGAUACGGCGGAUAGCGAAAAGGUGUUUGGGAAAAACCAAGAGGCCUUGUGGCCAUCACCAUGCGUUGUAUUUGCUAGCUCAGAUAAGGGAUUAUUUGGAUUUACCGAAAGGCGGUUGAAGCUUCUGGGGGUGAAUGAGAGUUGAUAAGUGAGGGUUUUCAGAGAAUGGGGGUUGUUGGAAGAAGGGUGGUUAUUGAAAUCGCUUAUCGUUUGUUUUGAAGCUGAUGCUUUCUCUAAUGGGAGGGAGAUGCUAAUUGGCCUGGCUUAGUAUAGGAUAAUGCCGAGAAAAGGAUACCUAGCUAAUUGACGUCCGUGAAUGCAGACCGCGUGUUGCUCUACUUCUUUCCGUCCAUCAUAUCCCUAUCGCAGCCUGCUUAUUCUGCCAAAAUUUAUUCUCUCUCCCUCCCACACUCUCACAAACUCUACUACUCCCCCUCCACUCACACCCUCUCAUCAGCAAUCUUAACCUCAACCAUCGGCCCAUCCCUCCCAAACCCCAAUGCAUCCC